ACAGCAGCUAAAACUGAAACAAGAGUUGAGCAAUAUGGCUAUGGCUAUCGCUAUGGCUAUGGCCACAACCUCCAAAAUAUCAAAUCCUUUGAUGUAUAAUUGGUCAGCGCCUCCCAUUAACGAGAAAAAACCCUCUCUCAGAAUGAAUCGGAGUUUCCGUUUGCGAACUCGAUCUUUGUCAAUAGAGACUGAAGUCGCAGACACUGUUGAAUCCCAGUCACUCGUUCGUCGCCUCAUUCUUCUUCGGCACGCUAAGAGUUCCUGGGAAAACCCCUCACUUCGAGAUCAUGAUCGCCCUUUGAGUAAAGCUGGGCGGGAUGAUGCUAUCAAAGUUUCACAGAAGCUUCAACAAUUGGGCUGGAUCCCUCAACUUAUUUUAUCCAGUGAUGCAGUGCGAACCAGGGAGACUCUUAAGAUAAUGCAGGAACAUGUGAAAGGCUUUUUGGAAGCUGAAGUUCAUUUUAUUUCCAGCUUUUAUUCUGUUGCAGCAAUGGAUGGACAAACUGCUGAACAUCUUCAACAAGCUAUAUGUAAAUACUCAACAGAUGAAAUAGUUACCGUCAUGUGUAUGGGACAUAAUAGAGGAUGGGAGGAGGCAGCAUCAAUGUUUGCAGGUGCCUUGAUAGAACUUAAGACAUGCAACGCUGCUUUGCUUGAAGCCUCUGGAAAAUCAUGGGAAGAGGUUAGACCCUUUAUCUUUUUAUAAGCAAUCAAUUAAUCGAGUUGUUACUAUUUACGCAGAAUAUUAUUGUGAAUUUUAGUAUAUUCAACAUCAAUUAGUUCACUGAUUUUUCUAAAAGACGUUCCAUCUUGUGCUGGUCCAUGUGUUCACAUUUGUUACCAAUUAGAACUAUGUGUUUUGAAAAUUCAAUCUCCAUUUUAGAUAGAAUUUUGGUUCAUGUUUUAGAUACUGGUCUUGGACUUGUCAUUUUAGCAUCUCCACAGGCGUAAUUUCAAUUUUGAUUCUGCCAUCCAAGAAGUGGAUUCCAGUUCUCCUAUAAGUGAGAAUCUUUGAUGGUAGAGUAGGCUGAUUUUGCUUGUGGAUACUUCUUGGGGGAUGCAAAUGAAAAAUUCUAUGUUGAGGACUGAGGCAGAAUCUUAAGACA